AUUAGAUUUUUGGAAGUUUUAUGUGGUUAACUUUAACUUGAUUGUUUUCUUUUUGUUCCUGUUUAUUUUCCACUUCAACGCAACGGAAGAUAAAUCAGCAGGAUCAAGGGAAAUAGUAAAUCAUCUAUUAUUAGUUGAGAUGUGUUCAAAUUCAAGGAUAACAAGUUCUUUUCAUGGUAAAAUAUUUGAAGUAGCUGGUAUUUCAGUCGAUAACUUUGAAGAACAUAAUUUACAAUCGCGAGCAUUCUUUCUAAGCCACUGCCACAGCGACCAUACAAAAGGACUAUUUAGUUCAAAACUUUUAAGAACUUUAGAGUGUAAUGGCAUCUACAUUUACAUGUCGGAGUUAACAGCUGCUAUCAUAUCUGAUGAUUGUAACGGCGAUGCAUCUCUUAUGAAUAAAAUUGUAACCCUCGAUUAUGGUACGACUGUUGUAACUUUGCCCAGUUAUUUUGGUUAUGAAGAGCAGCACUUAAGAGUGACAUUAAUAAAAGCAGGACACUGUUUGGGAUCAGUCAUGUUUUUAUUUGAAACCAAUGAAAGUACUGUUUUGUAUACUGGGGAUUUCAACCUACGCUUUACUGAUGUGAAACAAUUAGUUUCCUUGCAUGACUUAAACAAGAAACCCAUUAAAAUUGAUACCUUGUAUGUUGAUACAACAUUUAUUGAUUACGGCCAUGAAUACUUCCCAAAAAGAAGUGAAGUUAUGAAUGAGCUUAUGGCUGUUAUUAAAGAAUGGCUACAUAAGGACAACAAAAAUAGAAUUGCAUUAAGUUUGUCAGCUAAAUAUGGUUAUGAAUAUGUUUUUGCUGAAAUUUACAAUAAAUUGGGUAUGAAAGUUUACGUCAAUGAAGAGAGAUGGGCCUUUUACAGGCAACAUCCAAAUCUGGCUGCCGGAGUCACAAAUGAUGAACACAAGUCAAGGCUACAUGUAUGCCGUGGCUCCACUCACAGAUCCUGCAGUAUAAAACAAACAUUUGGCUUAAAUUUUUUGACUAUUAGAUUCUCUGCUAUGAUUUGGAGCGAGUAUGAAACGGAGACUUCAGGUGUGCAAAAAAUAUCUGAUGACAAAGUGAAUGUCUGCUUUGCUACACACUGCAGUAGGUCUCAAAUUAUAGACUUUGUUACUUACUUUAACCCCAAAAGAGUUAUAGGUUUCCCUAACAAAUAUGAAAGUGAUAGCAGUCCUUUUAAAGAAAAAGCAGAUGUUGAACUAAAUUGUAUUGUUACACCUCGAAAAAGAAAGAUAGAAUCACCAUUAUUUAAAAAAACUUCUGCUGUUGAUAAAAAGGUUGACAAAAAAGUACUCAAGAAUCUUUUUGACUUAUGAAGUGUUUUUUUUAAAGGUGGUCUGGUAAAGAUUGUUUUAAGCAAUAAGGCCACCUUUUUCUUUUGUUUUUAGUUUAUAAGUUUUUUUUGUAUUAUAUCCUUUUGGUGCAAAAAAAGAGUAUUGUAAUAAUUUUACUUUGCUGCCCAGUCCAGACUGAAAAUUAUGUGAUAGUUAUGUAUGAAAUAAUUUAUAAGAGU